GACAAAACACUCACGACACGGCAGCGGAUGUAAGGGACAAAAGCGCAGCUCAAAUUCAAUACAACACAGACAUGUUUCUAUCUCUACACCUGGAAGAAAAAGACAGCACCUGAAAUAAGAGUAUUUCAUAACUAACAGGCGUAGUUGGGAACCGACAGGAAAAAAUGGUGACCCUGAAACACUUGAGUGUUAAUGAUAAUGACGAAGACAACGUUCCUCUGUUACCGGAAGCCAGCAGCCUGGAGAGCCCAACCACCCAACAACACAGGGCAGAGUCCAGGGAAUUGUUCCUCAGCCGGAGGAACAACUUCAUUUUAAGCUUUGUUCUGUUGUUGAGCUGUUACUCUGCACUUCUGGUUCCUGCUUAUCUGCCAACGCCAGAGCCCACCUGGACUAAUGACAGUUCUGCUGAAACUCUGGCUCUGCUGAAUCAGUCAGCGGCUCUGCUGUCUCGGUCAUGUCGCAGUGGCUGGAGUGUGGAGAGGGUGAUGACGCUGCCUACUCCUGCUGGGCUGCUGAAGAUCCCGGUGUUCCUGGAGAACAGCACGCAGGACUGGGCACUGCCUCCUCCUCUGGGUCUGCAGGGUAGUGAGGAGAUGGUGGCACAGGCCCUGAAAGCUUUGCCUUAUACUGGUGUACCUACUGGCACAGAGACCUGCAGGAGAUGCGUGGUGGUCGGAAGCGGAGGUGUUUUACGUGGCAAAAAUCUUGGACCUCAUAUAGACCAAUACAAUAUUAUCAUCAGAGUGAACAAUGCUCCAGUAUUUGGAUUUGAGAGAGACGCUGGCUCUAGAACUACCAUUCGGCUCAUUUAUCCAGAAGGGGCUCCUUCCCUGUCACAUGAAUACGAGAAUACUGAAAUGGUGGCUUUGGUUGCGUUCAAGAGCUUGGAUAUAGCAUGGCUCAUCUCUGUAAUAACCAAGGAACCUUUGAGUUGGUGGUCUAAAUGGUGGUUCUGGAAGCAUGUAAUAGACACGAUACCUCUUCAACCAGAAAAUGUUCGCAUCCUGAAUCCUGAAAUCAUGUACAGGACAGGACAAGUGCUACAAACCUAUUCAGAGCAACAGAAAAAGAUGGUGCCGACCCUGGGUAUAACGGCAAUAGUUCUGGCCCUGCAGGUGUGUGAUGAGGUGAGUUUAGCUGGAUUUGGAUACGACCUUCAGAACCCUGGAGCUCUGCUGCAUUACUAUGGGUCUCUCCGCAUGGACGCCAUGAGGGCACAGGUGGUUCACGAUGUCAGCGCUGAGACCAUCUUACUGAAGGAGCUGGUUAAAGCCGGAGCGGUGCGAGACCUCACGGGGGCAUUGUGAUGACGGCAGAGACUCUGGAACAGCUACAUGUAGAAGUUAAAAGAGAUGACAAAACACAGAAACAGACCUGUUGGAAGACAAUAGGAUCGAUCUUAUAAAUUUCAGGGCAAAAUGUACUAAAUUGUGUAAUUUUGGGGUGAAAUACGACAGACAUUACCCAAUAACAUAAUAUACAAACAAAUGCAUUUAAAAUAAGUGAAAAUGACUACUAAAAUUAAAACCAAAGCUACUAUAAAACACAUUUAAAUAUAGCUUUAUUAAAGAUGACAGAAGAUUUAUUCAGAUAAAUUAUUAUCUCAUAUUUAUUUAUCUUGGAAAACUGAUUACAUAGUGUAAAAACAUUUUUUU